AUGACAUCGCCAUCAAAACAACAAGAACCAGAAGAGAGAAAUUGGGUGGACAUUCCAUAUGAUGUAAUGGCUAAUAUUCUAAACAGAGUUGAUGCUUUUGACAUACUUGAGAAUGCCCAGAAAGUUUGCACAAGUUGGCAUAAAAUCUGCAAGGAUCCUAUGAUGUGGAGAGUUAUAGAUUUUUCGGUUAAUCAUGCGAGACUUGAUCAACUACCACCACUAAGGGAGAUGUGUAAGCAUGCCGUCGAUAGAAGCCAAGGCCAAUUGGUUGAUAUCACAAUCGUUGGUUUUGCCGAUAAUGAGCUUCUCCAGUAUGUUGUUGAUAGCUGGAGUGACGCUUUGAAGAAAUUACCAGCAUUAGAGGAACUCAGUAUCUACGUAACACAUAUCUCGAAAGAAGCUAUUGAAAGUGUCGGAUGUUACUGUCCCAUGCUAAAAACAUUGAAACUGAACAAUAACCCAUUGAGAAGCCGUGAGUUCUCAAAGUUUCCUAAUGAGAGAGCAAUAGCUAUUGGAGAAAACCUACCUGAGUUAAGGCAUCUUGAACUCAUUGGAGACAAGAUGACAAAUGUUGGGUUGGAGGUGAUUCUUAAAGGAUGUCGGUUUUUGUGUCUUUCUCUUCUUCAUGUUCCUGCUACAAAUUACCUUAAGAUGAGUAACACCAAAAGAUCCAUGGAAAGAAGUGAUUUCUUGUAUAAAAAUUUACAACAGUCGAGAUUUUAG